AUGGAGCAGCACCUCGAAUUGAUCGAGAAAGCUCUUCUAAGGGGUCAAUGGGACACACAAAUUCCAGAAUCAAGCCAUUCGAGCAGCGGUGCUGCCGUCACUCUAUCAAAAAUGACCGUGGAAGGUCGAUUUCGGGACGUGCUCGUAUCAGACACGGUGCGCGGGGUGUUUCAGUUUCAGCCGUUAUCGGACGACUACCUAGAUCGCCCUCUACAAGACUACAUCGAUCUCUCGGUUACCUCUUCCACUGCUGCUGCUGGCAAAGAUCAAGUCGAAGAAGAGCUAGCGCGCUUAGCGAUUGCCGUAACUUGUUUGCACGCGUUCGUACAAGCCAACUGGACAGGCCCUGAACUCGACAUCCAUCCCCUCGAAGUACUAACGGCGGGCAACCCCGAUGAUGCCUCGCGGUCAUCAUCAUCAUCAUCAUCACCAUCGGCAUGGACAGAAGACAUACUCAGCAGCAAAGCGAUCUCCGAGCUAGCAUACGGCGGCGAGCCCGCAUACCACCUCGCAAAAGCCCCCGCCUUCCUCCGGCUCGCCCAGCUCCUCAUGAACCUGCCAUACCAGCACAUCGCGUCAAUACACUGGUGGCGCCUCCGCGUGGAGCUCGUGCGCCAGCAGAUUCUCGACGAGGCGGUGUCCGUCCCCGAGGACUACCACGCGCUUUUGUCGCCUCUGACGGCGAGUGUGGCGCGCGAGCCGGAUCUCGCGGGGCGGUUGUACCUUGAGUUGGGGUUGCUCGACCACCUCCUCGCGCGCGACAAGAGUGCUGCAGAGUACUUUGUCAAGGCGGCGAGAUCCACGGGGUUGGAGUAUGAAUUAACCGGGGCGUUAGGGAAGAGAACAAAGUUCCAAGUGACCGAACUCAGCCAGCUGGUUUUACUUGCCGAAAGUCGUUUGGACGCUUCCUCGGGAGAGGGAGAGGGUGGCGAGGCGCUAGCCACAUCACCCACACUGUCAAGCGAACGCGAACACGAAAACGAAAAUGGCCAAUCCGAGCGUACGAAAAAUACCACAAACGUGCCAGAGACAAUGGCGCUUAACGACGACACCCUGCUCGAGCAAACCCAAUUCACAUCUUCUCACCCAGCAGGCCCAAACUCGCGCCUGAGCCACAUCGACCCGUCCGCACAACCACCGCUGCACCCAUUGGACCAAUGCAUCCUCCUCUCGCUCUGCCUCAACGUCCGGAACACGUCCCCGUCACACGGGCUCACCGCCGAGCAGAUGUCGCCGUACGUCGCGCGCGUCAUCGCCCACCCGCGGAAUUGGUCCGUCCACACCAUGGCCCUGCUCCUCCGCUCGCGCCUCGAAUCCACGCGUACACGCACCGUCGAGCGCUCGGCGCUGCAGCUCCAAGCGCUUAUAGACCAGAUGCCCACAUCCGACUCGGCCGCGCCCGAGCGGCUGCGGUACUUCCACGAGUUCCCUUUGCCCAGUCGAUGGGAGAUGGAGAAGGAGCUCGCGGGGCGGUAUCUCAGCAUCGGCGUCGUGAAAUCCGCGCUGGAGAUCUACGAGCGGCUGGAGAUGUGGGAGGAGGUGGUGCGAUGCUACGGCGCGCUGGAGAGGCCGGAUAAAGGGAUCGCGAUCGUGCGCGAUCUGCUGGAGGGCAGGAAGCACGAGGCGGACGCGGUCAUUUCGCAGGGCAAAGCCAGUACAUCGCUCUCUAUCAGGAAGACGCGGGAUACAGCGCGCGAAGCGAAGCUGUGGUGUCUGCUAGGCGACCUCGACGCGCCGAACGCGGUCGCGCACUACUCGCGUGCGUGGGCGGUGUCGGGCGGGACGUCCGGGCGCGCGAUGCGCUCGUUGGGCGGGUACCACUUCGCCCGCGCGGAUUUUCGCGCGGCGAUUACGUCCCUUAGGCGUGCGGUGAGGAUUAACCCCCUUUUGACGCGCUCGUGGUUUAUACUGGGGUGUGCGUGUAUGCGCGUGGAGGAGUGGGAGGAGGCGAAGGAGGCGUUUGCGCGCUGUGUGGCGAUUGAUGAGGAGGAUGGGGAGAGCUGGAAUAAUCUUGCGAGUAUGUAUCUCCGGAUAGGGUAUGAUCCGCGUAAGCAGCGGAAGCGCGAGGUAGAUGAGGAGGAGGAAGAGGAGGCUACGGCUUCGCCGUCGACGCAGACCACUAACAACAACGAUGAGGUCGAAGGAUCACAACAACCCGCCGCCUCAUCCCAAACGCCCGCAAUCCCAUUCGAAAACAAACUCCUCGCGUUCCGCGCGCUCAAGCAGGGGCUGCGGUGCAGCUACGAGAACUGGCGGAUGUGGUACAACUAUAUGGUCGUGGCGAUGGACGUGGGCGAGCUGCAGGAGGCGUGUCGCGCGCUUGGGCGCGUUGUAGAGCAGACCGGGGACAGGGACAGGGCGGGUGCGCAGGUUGUUGACGAAGACGUGCUGGAUAGGCUUGUGGAUGCUGUCACGCGCGCGCCGGCUAAAGCGGACGAUACCUCUGCGGGGGUGGACGACGGCGCGGGCGCGGGCGCGGGAGUGGGAGUGGUGCAGAACCCGAAUGAGGGCCAUGGGCUGUACAAAAAUGUCCUCAACCUCUUCGAGCGCACCCUCCUCCCGCGCCUUUCCUCCCCGCGCAUAUUCCGCGCGUAUGCGCGGCUGAUGUCGUGGCAGAGCCGGUGGGAGGAGACGAUUAAAGCGUAUUUGGACGCGUACCGGUGCAGUGUAGCUGGGGCUGGGGGUGGGACAAUGGGAAAUGGAAGCGGGGGAAUGGACGGGGACGCGGAGAAGUGGCGCGAGGCGGUGGUGGAGGUUGAAGAGGUUGUGGAUGUGUUGCGGAACUUUGGGCCGCGGGUGGGGGGUGGAUACAAGUGGAAAUUGCAAGCGCGCAGUAUUGUGCGGACGUUUAUGGGGCGGACGCGCGAGUUUGAGGAUGAGCCCGAGUGGGAGAGGUUGAAGGAAUUGUUGGAUGAUUAG